CCCCAACCCACCCCCCAUGGCAUCAACAAUCCUCCCCCUCGAGCUCGUGGACCGGUGUAUCGGCUCGCCGAUCCACGUCGUCAUGAAGAACGAGCGCGAGUUCACCGGCACGCUGAUGGGCUUUGACGACUAUGUCAACAUGGUGCUCAAGGACGUCAAGGAGUACGAGGUCACGCCCGCCGGCAUCACCGAGACAGACCUCGGACAGACGCUCCUCAACGGCAACAACAUUGCCAUGCUCAUCCCAGGCGGACGCGGGCCCAAGGCAUAGACCGAUGUAUAGAGCGAGCAUAUGUGACAGAGUCUAACGCAGCU